UAGUUCUUAUUGCUCUUGUACCAAGCAAUCGCUCUAUUCGCUAUUCAAAAUGGCGACGGUGUGGCGUUCACAGUGCACUUUUACACGUAUUUUAAGUGGAAAAACUUGCCGAAUCUUGAACAACGCUGCAGAUUUGGGUUCAAAAUUGUCUCCGACAUCACAAUCGGUUACAUCAAGAAAAUAUUCUAAUUAUGCUCAUUCGCCGUUGGUUAAACAUAUUAAGGAGCAAUAUGAAUUUGAAGUAGUGAAGAAACCCCCCGAAUGGACUUACGUUCAAAGACUACUACCAUUUGAUACUAUUCCCCAAGUCACACCUAAAGAGUCGUAUCCGUCUGGUUGGAUUCCCCCCAAAGAUGAAGCAAAAAAUUUGCCCUUUUUUAUAGAGAGAACAAGGAACCAUGAGCUACCAAUAUAUUUAGACAUUACUUUUCGAGGUAUGAGGAAAGUAUCAGCCAUAAGGAAAAUUGAAGGCGAUAUUUGGUUAAUGAACGAUGAAGUUAAAGAAUAUCUAAAAAAUAAAUACUGUCGCUAUGUGGAAACACGAGUUCAUGAAUUGGGUGGUUUUAUUGAAGUCAAGGGGGAUUUUGUAAACGCAUUGCGUGAUUGGGCAUUUUCUAAGGGAUUCUAAAUGUUAAAAUUUUUAAUAAAUAUAUUCGGUAGAUAGUUA